GCUUGAGUGCAGUGCAGUUAGUAUCGCGAGUUGUGGCAAGUAGUAUGGCUUUCAUUACCAUCACUGGUUUCCCGUGUUCUGGAAAGUCUAGAAGGGUAGAGCAGUUGCGGGCGCAUUUGGAGAUCCGAUUGCGAAGUCUUGCUUAUGAGGGCCCGCGGUUGAAGGUGGUCGUGGUCUCUGACGACACUUUAAAUAUCCCUCGCAGUGUUUAUGGAGAUGGGCGGGCAGAAAAACCUGCACGAGGUGCCUUGUUCGCUGCAGUGCAGAGGCAGAUGGGCCAAGAUACCAUCCUGAUUGUCGACUCGAUGAAUUACAUCAAGGGAUUCCGAUAUCAGAUGUACUGCGCUGCGAGAGAACACAAGCUGAGAGUUUGCACGGUCUUCGUCGCGGCGACGCAGGAGCAAUGCAAGGCAUGGAAUGCCUCGCGACAGGAUGGCCGCGCAUACGCACCCGAGACGCUUGAAAACCUCAUGAUGAGAUAUGAAGAGCCAUCGUCCAUGGUGCGCUGGGAUUCCCCACUUUUCACCGUCCCUUGGAUAGACGAAGACGUACCAAUCGACGACAUCUGGAAGGCAAUCACCGAAGGCAACGUGAAGCCCCCGAAUGCAGGCACCCAAGCGGUCCCUAAAGCCCCCACAGACGCCCUCCGCACCCUCGAGCACACCGCCACAACGAUAGUCGCAGCGAUCAUGUCCGAACAGGCCUCCUCGGGGGGCAUCGCCGGGGGUCGCGUCACGCUCUCGCUCUCUCCGACGCUCAAGCCGACGGUGAAUCUGCCAGCGCGGAGCCUGACGCUCUCGGAGCUGCAGCGGCUGAAGCGGCAGUUCGUGACAGUGCACAAGAAGGCGAUCACGCUGGGCACGACGGAGAAGGGCGCGGUGGACUGGAGCGAGGAGAGCGUCGCGGAGAAGUUCGCGUCGUAUAUUGAGGGAAACCUGAAGCCGUAGAUCAGGGUGUCUAAGCUGCGCGUUGGCUGAGGUCGGGCAUGGCAGGUACUGCUCUACGUCGGAUAUGGAUGGUCGACGAGAUGCAUCGUCUAGUUUGCUACCGCUAGUCGACCUUGUAGGAGCAUCUGCUUCGAUCGCGAACACCGCGCUCUAAGUUCCCCCUUUCUCUCCGCUGUGCUACAGGUUGCUGCGUUGCGGUAGUCUUGAAAUGUUAUGGUCAGGGGACGCUCGCGAGUGCACCUGACAGCCACCAUAGCCUCCACCCUACUCACUUCACC